AUGGAUGGGGGCAGGGGGGGCUUCUUGCCUGGGGGCCAGGGCUGUCAGACACAGGCACGCGCUUGUGGCCGUGAAAGAAGAGCCCCACGUGGUACCGACCCAUGGGACACAAGGGUGACAGCCACACUACCCAUCUCAGCUCCCCCAGGAACAUCCAGAAUGGCCCCUGAGCCUUGCCAAGAGGCUGAAAAAGCUGAGAGACAGGCUGCCUUAUCCCUGGCGGACCAAGAGCCGGUCAGCGACCACCCGGAGCCUCCAGCUGGCACACCCAAAGACCCAGUGGCUCCUGCGUGCCCGAAGGACACCAAGCCCAGCUCCACGCCCGUGGUCUUCCCCGUCAACCUGCAGUUGGCCCCUGAGUCCUCGGACCCCCGCACCCUGCGGCUGCUGUGGGGUCAGCGGGAACUGGAGAUCCAGGCUCUGCGGUGGACCACCCAGAACCGCCAGAACGCCCGGCGCUGCCACAUCCUGUACGAGGUGGCUGGACUGCCACCCGAGAGUUGCUCACACAGGCAGGAGAAGCUCCUGCAGAACCAGGUCCAGAAGCUGACUCUGGAGUUGAAAGGCCAGAAGGAACAGGCCCAACUGGAGAAGUCCCAGCUGGAGACUGAGCUGCAGGCGUUCCAGAGGUCCUGCCUCCUGCAGCUGGCCCGCUCCUCCUGGGUGGGUCGCGUGCUGCGAUCUUCCACCGGCAGUGUGGAGGUGGUAACUGCAGAAACGCUGAUGGACUCCAGUGACCUCUCUGAGAAUGAUCGGGUCCCCUCUACUGGAGAGGGUUUCCGGCUGGAGGACGUAGACUGGAACAGCAUUGCCCAUCGGUAUCCCAACCUCCUCGCCAACAUCAAGUCCAACUCAGAUCAAAAGCACCCCCGGGCCUUGCCAUCCCCGCCGGCCCCAGUGCCUGGCCAGUGGGGCUCGGAGCUGCGUAGAGAGUGUGUGGAACAGCGUCUCAAGAGCGUCGAGUGGCGUUCCCUGCCCACUUUGGGCACCAGCAGCUCAGGGGGCACAGACUCCGACCCCGGCAGUGGCUGGCUGGCUGAGCCUCAUCGCGUGCAGAAGGUGACGGGACAGCCACCCUGCGCUGCGGGCCGCAGUUCUGAGUUGACAAAACCACACCGGAGGAGCUUCGGCAGGGAAAUGCGGGCACUGCCUGAAGCCCCCAGGGCCGUCCCUCCUGCUGUGGAUCUGACCCCUGGAGCUGUUCCUCUCCCACGUGCGGCCUCAGGGCACUGCAGCCCCAUUAACUCCAGCCUGAAGAUCGUGGCCGUGAGCCGCAAGGAGAGGUUCGUGCGCGUCCUCAACCAGUCGCUGGAGGAGACCGCCGACCUGGGCGGCCUCACGCUGCGGCAGCUCCUGUACGGCUUCCCGGUGUGCAUGUACCGCUUCCCGCCCGGCACGCUGCUGGCUCCAGGGCACCACGUUACGGUUUGGGGCGAGGGCCCCAGCAGCACCAAGAAGCAGCCGCCGAAGUCCUUGGGCCAAGAGCCUGUCCACUUCCAUUCCGGCCGGGGAUGCGUGACUCUCCUCCUGAACCCCAAGGGCGAGGUCCUGAGCGAGCACCGGGCCCCCCACUGCGUGACCCCGGUCUCGAGGAUCUUCGCUGACAACACCGACCUCUCCGUAGACCGCUUCCCGCUCUCAGAGGACGGGCUUGGGGCCGACCCCGGGGAGCAGAGUCGCGGGCCUCAACACUCGCGCGCGGGCAGGGUGCGGGGGGCUGGAGCCAGACGCCGGAGGCCCGGGACGCGGGGCCUCUUGCCGCGGCUGAGCACCAGCAAGCUCUUCCGCCCGCGAGAGGUGCCGGCGCGGCCCGAGGCCGCCGAGACCCGCACGCCCGAGCUCCUGCCCGCCUUGCCCGGUCAGCGCACGGGGACGCGGAGGGCGGGCGGACCGCCGAGGAGUGGGAGUCCGGCCGACCCCAUCCCGUCGCUGUCCCUCGCAGAGGCCGGGCUGUGCCAGGAGCACUGCGGGGCUAGCAAGGAGCACGCGGUCCGGGUGUGCCGGAGGAGCGUGGACCGGGGCUGCCCGAUGGUAGCCCUGUCAGUGCAGAGCACGGCUGAGAGCAGAUACGGCUUCCGCUUCCUCCCCUGCCCGCCGGUCACCGCGGACCCGGGCGCUCGGGUGUAGAAGGUGGAGGGCAGCGCGGGCGUGGGCGCCCAAGGCCGAUGGGCCGCGCUGGGAGAAAGUCGUGGGAGGCCAGCAGUGCCAGCUGCACAAUUUAUUGAACCAACGUCGCCUACGAAGUAAACCGCAUUCAUGUACACCUGAGAGUCCUUAAAGCGGGUUCGCUUGGUUUUGGGGUGCCCUAUCCCAAGGGAAGGGCACUGGCUGCCCUGUCCCUGCGUGGGCGAGGACCCUCACAAAUCCCCCAGGGUCGGGGGGCGAGGGGGGCCUGGCUGCACUCCGGCCACCUCAGCCUGGGCCCAGCCUGUGUCCUCCGGGUUCCCCGCUCUGACCACUCCUCCUGGGAAGGCCGGGCCCCAUGGAAGGAGCGGGCAGCGGGGCCCGCGGUGGGGAACUGGGCUCUCCUAUCCUGGGCUCUUCCUUGUGCCCACCCCUGGCAGUCCCAACCCCCCCACUCCCCUCCACCAAGAAGGGUCCCU